AUGCUCGUCUCCGCUACUCUAGCCGUCGUUGCACUUGUGCACGCUGCAUCCGGGGCUGCCCUCCCCAGCGACUGCUCCGCUACCCACUUUGUCGAGCGCGACGAAUCCUGCGUAUCAAUCGUAAACCAGUACAACAACUUCACCGCCCCAGAUCUUUACCGCUGGAACCCUUCCAUCGGACUCGUCUGCAACGGCCUCAUCGCCGGCGACUCCAUCUGCAUCAACGUGCAGCCCUACACAUACCCCGGCCCGAUCCAAGGCGGCGCCAUCUUCAAAGCGGAGCAGAACCCCGUGCCGCAAUUGCCUGAUAUCGCGGCGGGGUGCAAGACGUUCCAGUACACGGAUUCCAAGGGGUAUCCCGAUGUGCCGACGAUGAGUACCCUGAAUAACAUUUCGAGGACGAUGUGGAACAAUUGGAAUUGGGGAAAGGAGACGGGUGCGUACGGUAGGACGUGGGGGAGCUACUUUUCGUGUGUGGGAAGGAAGUGA